CUCUCUCUUUUCUUCGUGUGAACUUAUAUUCAAAACCAAAAAAAUUAAUCUAACAUUAAUAAUAAUGAUGCAAUUUACUGAAAUUUCAAAUUUCCCAACACCAAACACAAUUUCUCUCCAUCAAACUACAACCAUGAUGAAUAGAAUUAGGCCUUGGCCUGGUUUUAGGACUUCGAAACAAAACACUUCCUCUUCUUCUUCUUCAUCGUCUUUAAACAAUAAUAAUAGUAUUAAUAAUUAUAAUUUAGGUGAUGCUAAUUGUAUGGAACAACUUUUAGUACAUUGUGCUCAAGCUAUUGAUAACACCGACGCUACUCCUGCUCAACAAAUUCUGUGGGUUCUUAACAACAUCGCCCCGCCUGAUGGCGACUCUAAUCAACGACUCACUCGCGCUUUCCUCCGCGCUCUUAUCCUUCGUGCUGCUCGUACCCCCGCUUGUAAGUUCAUCCUUAACUCCGCCACUAGCAACAACAACAACAACGGCAACAAUAUUACUACUAGUAUGACUAUUACUAGUAAUAGUAAUAAUGCUAAUAAUAGUAAUACUAGUAGUAGUAUAGCUUGUGGUAUGAACCUAAAUAUACACAAGUUCUCUCUUCUCGACUUGGCUAAUUUUGUCCACUUAACACCGUGGCACCGCUUUGGGUUCACUGCGGCGAACUCGGUCAUCCUAGAAGCUAUUGAGGGUCGCACUGUGGUCCACAUUGUGGACCUCAGUGUGACUCAUUGCAUGCAAAUUCCUACUCUAAUUGAUUCCAUUGCUACUCGUUACCAAGGUAGGCAACCCCCCACGGUUACACUAACCGUGGGGGCGUUUACCCAACAAGGUCCGCCCAUGUUUGAUUUUGUUUGUUAUGAUGACCUCGGUGUUAAGCUUAUUAACUUCGCCCGCUCUAAGGGGGUGGUGCUCGAGUUUAAGGCUGUCCCCACCACCCCCUCAGAUGGGUUUGCCUCCGUCCUAGACGAGGUUAGGACGAGGCAAGAACAAAUGAGAUUUCUCUAUGGAAACCCUCAUCAUCAUCAUCAAGAAGAAUUAGAAGAAGAAGCUUUGAUCAUAAAUUGUCAAAUGUCGUUACAUUACUUAAACCACGUAGAGCCGGAAGAGGACCCUAGUGUGGUGAUGUCGAUGAGGUCGAUGUUUUUUAAGGCAUUGCGGAGUUUGGCUCCGACUAUGGUGGUGGUUGUAGAGGAAGACGUAGAUUUUACGUCUAGGAAUUUGGUUGGAAGGCUAAGAUCUGCGUUUAAUUACUUUUGGAUACCGUUCGAUACGGUGGACACGUUCUUGCCUUGGGGGAGUAAGCAAAGAGAGUGGUACGAGGCCGAUAUUUGUUGGAAGAUUGAGAAUGUAAUAUCUCAUGAAGGGGAUCAGAGAGUGGAGAGGCAAGAGCCGAGGACACGGUGGUCACAACGGAUGAUGGAGGCCGAGUUUAGGGCGGUCGGGUUCAUGGGAGAGGCGAUGACGGAGGUGAAGGCAAUGCUAGAGGAACAUGCUACAGGGUGGGGGUCUAAGAAAGAAGAGGAGGAUAUUGUGCUCACUUGGAAAGGUCAUAAUGUCGUUUUUGCUACUGCUUUGGUACCUUCUUAAAUUAGUUCAGUACUAAUAAUAUGAGUAGUCAUUAACAUUCUUAGUCAGUGCCUGAUGUUGUGUUUGAUUAUUAGCUAGCUUGAUCCUUAUUUUGGCAAAAUUGAUGUUAUUGGCCUUAUUGCUACUAAUUGAGUAAAUUGACGCCUAACUAUUCACUGCGUCCUUAUUCUAAACUGUUUCAAUUUUUGAAACUUUGGAAACAUGAUUUUUGUCAUUUGUGUAAGGUCGUGUCAAUUUCUUUUAAUAUUUUCUUUUUUUGCCAAUUAUUUUUAAACUAGCUUGGUUGUUACGAGUAAUCAGAACACAUAUGUAUG